AUGGAUCCCCAGCAAGUGGUUGAACACCACUCCGAGCAUGAGCUCGAACAGAGCAGAAGACUGAAGACCGAGAUGGACUUCGAGGGGCAGGCUCCUAACUUCAAGACCAGUCCUUCUCUCAAGUCCGCUAAAUUGUAUGACCCCACUGAAGUCAAGAUCUGGGAUUCAUCACCUGUUAUUUCCACCUUGUCAUCAGUUUCAGCUCAGAAUCAAUCAGGAUCUGAUGCCAAUUGCCCAUCGUACCAGACAUUGCCAGAUUGCUUCGAUGAUACUCCAAUGACAGAAGAUGAAAUAUCGCGGAUGUUCGCUUUGAUGAAUGACAAUUCAAAUGAAGAGCUGUUCGUGCAGCAGCCGAACUUGGAACUUCCGGAAGUUCUUCUACCAACUUCAUUUCCCGAAACUGGCGAGGCCUCCACGGAUAUUAUGCCAGACGUAACUAAAGAAUCAGAGUGGCCUCAGGAUGACAGUUCGGACCAGAUGGAAGCAGCGGAAGCCGAAUCUUCUGCAAAAUUUGAAGCAGCUCAGGAAUGGUUCGAUAGUUUGGAAAACCCCACCAUGGUUGAUUUGGUCACAUAUCGGCGGGCUAUAAUGGACGAAAAUGCGCGCAAGAAGCAACUUGUCAGAAGAAAGGCCGUUGAGGCUCAGAUGAUGAGAGAUAGAGAAGACCUAUCCGAUGCUGUCGAAGAUGAGCAAGUCUUUCCUUCGCAAGGGCAAGAUAAUGCAGUUCUGGAUGAAAAUCGCGAAGGUACCAGCAAUGCAGCUUCAAACCAACCUCAGGCGACAAAACAACGACGCAAGAAGAAUUUAAUCACUGCCAAAGAAAAGCAGAGAAGUAUUCAGCUCGGGCUUGAUAUAGUGCUCAGAAAAGUGCAGCCGAAGAAGAGAGGAAGGAAUGACCGAGAUUCUGCUUCCGAUGCACCAGAUUCAUCUAAACGCAGCAAGAAGCCAAGAAAGUCCUCUCAGAAGCAGAUGCAUAAGAAGAUCAUGUCACUUUUCCAGUCCAAUUUGAUUCAAGAUGCCCACGCGAAUGCGCUUCUGCCAGCAAUUCCCCGCUUCAACAAAGCCGAUAAGCAGAAGGCUCUCACUGAACUUAUUGCAAGCAUCCCUAAUGCGGACCAAAAGGAAACCAACUCCGACAAGAAGGAGAUCAUAGAAGCCUCGAAAAAGUUCAAUCCCAGCGCCAAAAGUGACGGCAAUAAUGGCUGGAAGAUCAGAGGCAUCAAGUCGAGUUUGUACCAUUAUCAGCUUUUGGGGGCAGGAUUCAUGCGUGCACGGGAAUUAUCUGACCAUGCUCCUUUCGGUGGACUUUUGUGCGACACCAUGGGAUUUGGCAAGACUAUACAAGCCAUCGCGAAUGUCGUCGAUGGGAGGCCCGCCGACGAAGACGACCCUCUGAAAACCACAUUGAUUGUCGUGCCAGCGCAUCUUGUCGAGCAUUGGCGCGAGCAAUUUGUCAAGCAUUGUGAGUCGGAAAAGAUGGUCGAUGCUCUUGUUUACCGCUCGAACUCGAGAUUGGACACCUUCAAUGCUAUCAAGGGUCUGCAGAAAUGGGAGGUUAUAAUCACAACGUAUGAGGAGGUUCGACGUUCUUAUCCAAAAUCAUCGGUUGCGCCUAAGGUCACCGACCCAAAGACGCUCACGGAUUGGUGGUAUGAAGUCUUUGAGCAAACUGCUGGUCCUCUGCAUCGGAUCAAAUUUUUGAGAAUCAUUCUCGAUGAGGGACAUUUUAUCAAGAACCAUGUUUCUCAAACUUCCAUCGCGGUGCGUGCGCUUACCGGCCAAUUCAAAUGGAUUCUAAGCGGGACUCCAGUGCAAAAUUCUAUCCAAGAAUUCUACCCACUUUUCGACUUUCUUGGAGUCCCGGGGAAUGAAACGUUUGAGACCUUCGAGGAAUACUAUUACCAAGAUGAUGAAUCGCAAAAGCGUUUGGUGAACAUACUUCGCACGGUGAUGUUUCGGCGAACCCAUGCCAGUCGACUUUUUACCUUGCCGGUUAUCAAAUUUCCCGACAUCGAAGAGCGAAUCGUUACGACCGAGUUCUGCACAGCAGAGCGCGAAAUCUACGAGGCCAUCGUCGAUGUGUUCUUUAAGAACAUUAACAGUCUAAACGCAAUCAACAACCCAAAGCUUGCGCAGUACCGAUGCGUCCUGACGAUGAUGCUCAAACUGCGAAUGUUUUGCAGCCAUGCCCUCACAACGCAGAGUAUGCUCAAGGACCUACUGUCCGGACCGCUUUCGAGAGAACUCACCAACAUUGAGCGAAAAUGUAGAGAUCCCGAAGAUCCCUCCGUGAAGAUCUCCAAGAUGAUUCGGGCCAUGGCCAAGGGUACCACCCUGAAAGAACAGCAAACACAGGCAGAAGAUCCCAAAGAUUCGACACCUACUAUCCAAGGCGACAAAGCGAAACUUAUUGCCCAGUUUCACGAGAAAAUGUGCAAGCUGCACGAGGAAGAGCAGUGGGAUGAACGACUGGAUCGAACAAAUUGUCCCAGCUGCAAGAUGGUCCCUGUCGUGCCCGUGAUCACCUCAUGUAUGCACUUGUACUGUGAGGAAUGUUACUAUUCCCUGAGCACGAACGACCCUUCGCCCAGCAAUUCGAACCCCAAGUGCGCCGAGUGUAACCUUGUUAUCGACGAGGCAGCAUUAGGCGUCGAGGUAGAACACGUCGAUGUCUCCACGCCCCCCUCCAGCAAAGCUGCGCAGCGAAAUAAGCAGAAGCCUGAGAGAAAGUGGGCAAAGGGCAGAUCCGGGGGUGGCAUGUUCAGAAUGUCCACACCAAGAUCCGAGACUGCGCCGGUGCCCGAAAAAGAAGAAGAGACGGACUGGAUUCCCGUCUGCGCGGCAAAUUUCCCCAGUUUCCCCAGUGCCAAAUUAACCAAGAUCAGAGAGACUGUGGCACAUUGGAUUGCGGAAAAGCCCGAUGUCAAGGUGGUCAUAUUCACUCAGUUCUUGGAUUUUGUGCGCAUCUUGGCCAUUAUGUGUCAUGUUGAGAGUUGGCCUUAUGCAUGCUUGACGGGGAAAAUGCGCCUUCACGCUCGCGAGGAAAACUUGAAGGAAUUCGCUCACGACGGUGAGAUAAGAGUACUUAUUGCCAGUCUCAAAGCAGGAGGCAUUGGACUUGACAUGUCGAUGGCGAACAAGUGUAUUCUGGUCGAUCUGUGGUGGAACGAAGCCAUCCAAGAUCAGGCAUUUUGUCGUCUUUAUCGGAUCGGCCAGGACAAGAAUGUCGAAUUCGUGAAGAUAAUCGUUAGCAACACCAUUGACGAACAUCUACUCGAUCUUCAAACCAAGAAGACCGAAGAGAUCUCUUCCACUAUGGGCAACGACGUCUUAGCAGCCCGAGAAACUGUGAAAACACUGUUGCGGCUGUUCGGAGAUGUCGAGGAUAACGAAGAUGGCGGGCUUCGUGUCGUUCGUCACAAGGAUAAGAAGGGAAAACAGGCUGUGCAUUGA